CCUAUCUCCUUGGGAUCGCUCACAUCGGCGCCGUGCAGUCUUACCCUGCAGGAUACUCGUUCCGACAUACGAUAAACGUUGCGGUUAAAAGGUUCUACCCCAUUCCCUCACUAGUUCUUCCUCACUUCCCUCCACAACCAACAUAUACCGGUGAUGCCGCAGAAAAAGUAUAUGGAGGUUCCGUCAGACGAGCCGCGCGGCCGCAACAUCUCGUCGUACUUCCGCACGCUAUCCAUCAAGUCCAAGUCCAGUGACGAAGUGGGCCUCAACCACGUGGUCCCCGCGCCAGGUACUCCCGUGAGCCGCCUGCAGACACUCAAGAAUUCGCCCGAGAGCCACAGACAUGUAGGCGCAGAUUCGGAUGAUGACUGGAACGCAAACGUGGACUCGUUUGACUCACCACCGCCCAAGCACAUUGAGCAUAUUCCCCGCCGAUCAGGCUCGGUCCAUUCGCUCGGACCGGGGCUCGUCAUGAGCCAGGCAAACACGAGCGGGCCGUUACGGCGGACACCGCAACUCGAGGCAUCGCCGCAGCUUGAGGCACUCUAUCCUAGCCUCACGCCCGCGCGCGAGUCGCCCGGCAUGCGCGCGUCGCCCGGCCGCGACCCCGCGCCCGACGACCUGGCCACGUCCGCGCAAAUCGAGGAACUCAACGCGCUCAACGCAAAGUUCCUCCGCUUCAAGAAGGUGAUCACUGCCGACAACGUCAACCUCGCGGAGCUCAAGCGACUCUCAUGGAACGGAAUCCCACGCGAGCUUCGCGCGGUGUCGUGGCAGCUCCUUCUCGGAUACCUCCCGACGAACGCGUCGCGGCGCAGCGACGCACUCGCGCGCAAGCGCGCAGAGUACACAGACGGUGUCGCACAGGUGCUCGGUGCGGACCAUACGCGUGACACAGCGAUGUGGCAUCAAAUCGCAAUCGACGUGCCACGCACAACGCAGCAUAUUAAACUCUACACCUACGCGGCGACACAAGCCGCGCUCCAACGCAUCUUGUACCUCUGGGCUGUGCGCCACCCCGCGUCGGGCUACGUACAGGGCAUCAAUGACCUCUGCACACCAUUUUUCCAAACGUUUCUCGCGUCGCACGCGCCCGACGUGGAGCUGUGCGAUCCCGCGCUAUUGCCGCGCGCCACGAUGGACGCGGUCGAGGCAGACACAUUCUGGUGUCUCACCAAGUUGUUGGACACUAUCCAAGAUAACUACAUCCACGAGCAGCCUGGGAUUCUUCGCCAGGUGCGCGAGUUGGAAGGGUUGGUGGCGCGCAUUGACGCGGAGUUGGUAGUGCACUUACGAGCGCAAGGCGUGGAAUUCAUGCAGUUUGCGUUUCGCUGGAUGAACUGCUUGCUCAUGCGUGAGUUGAACUUGGAGAUGGUGGUGCGCAUGUGGGACACAUACCUCAGUGAGACGCCGCUUGGCUUUGCGACGUUCCAUGUGUACGUGUGCGCCGCAUUUUUGGUAAAGUUUGCGGACGAGUUGAAGGACAUGGAGUUCCAGGAGGUGAUUAUGUUUUUGCAAAAUCCACCGACGCGGGACUGGGGGGUGAAGAAUAUGGAGUUGAUGAUGAGCGAGGCAUUUAUCUGGCAGAGUUUAUACAAGAAUGCUGCGGCGCAUUUGCGCGCGUAGAGACAUGCGAAGCGCAGCGACCUCAGUCUGUACAUGCACUCUGCUUGCGUUUUGCCCAAUUUGGAGGAAACGCCUGAACCGAGACUAUGGCCGUUAAAUAGAAAAAGUAGCCAGCGAUAAUGAUAUAUCUGUAUAUUGGGCAAUGCGGUUUAAAAUGGUAAGGUUUGCAGUCGUAAGUUUUGUGAAAGGUCAGUCUUCGAUUAGAUGGUUGUAA